AACACAAAAGGCCCUAGGUUUGGUGAUCAAUCAGUCUAAAGGGCGCACAACAUAUGGCAUCUUUGUUCCAACCACUUUACGCCCCUCAGUGCACCCGCACACCAACCCACACUCCUCCUAUUCUACUUCCCUCACGAUCUCCGUCAUCUUGGUUUCCGGUCACCAACCGAUCUUCCCGUGCUAACAUCGCCGCCGCCCACAAUCCGAUCAAACUCAACUGUUUCAAGACCAAAGCUUCUUCAACGUCAGCAGCAAAUAUGGCAACUGAGAAACAAGUUCAGGUAUUUGAUUCCGAAGAAGCCCUUUCGGUUUCUCUCGCCAAAUACACCGCCGAUUUGUCCCAAAAGUUCACCCAACAAAAGGCUUCCUUCACCGUUGUUGUCUCCGGUGGAUCUUUGAUCAAGUCGCUCAGGAAGCUAGUAGAAUCACCUUAUGUUGAUUCUAUUGAUUGGUCAAAGUGGCAUAUGUUUUGGGUGGAUGAAAGAGUGGUUCCUAAAGAUCAUCCUGAUAGUAAUUAUUUGCUUGCCUAUGAUUGCUUUCUCUCCAAGGUGCCAAUUCCUCCUGGAAAUGUUCACGCCAUUAACGACGCCUUGUCAGCAGAGGCUGCAGCAGAUGACUACGAGACCCACAUCAAGCAUCUGGUUCAUAACGGGAUAAUCAGCACUUCGGAGACAACUGGGAUUCCAAAAUUCGAUCUUAUGCUAUUGGGUAUGGGCCCGGAUGGACAUGUGGCGUCUUUAUUUCCUGGUCACCCUCUACUAGCCGAGAAGAGCAAGUGGAUCACCUUCAUCAAGGAAUCACCAAAACCCCCUCCAGAAAGAAUUACUUUUACGUUCCCAGUGAUCAAUUCGUCUGCGAAUGUUGCGCUCGUGGUAGCCGGGGCUGGUAAAGCCCAUCCGGUUCAUGUGGCUCUGGGCAAUGGUCAAGAGCCUGAGCCUUUGCCGGUUCAGAUGGUGGCGCCUGAAGGCCAGUUGACAUGGUUUUUGGACAAAGAUGCAGCUUCUAAGCUCUAGGGCAAGAAGGAAUCGCAUCCUGUUGUAACGUGAGUUGAUUAAACCGUUUUUGGACCGUUUUCAGGUUCAAGAUUGUAAUGCACUUUGAGUGAAGAAUAAGGUUUAAUUGCUCAAUUUUCAAGCAAGAAUGAGAAGAUAACAAAAUGACACUUUGUUAGGUAUGUCAAUGUUUAUGUUUUGAAAGCUUUGUUUGUUUGUU